CCUUAAAUGGGAUUUGCUUCUGCCAGCAAAUCUUCUUCUUCGUCAAAACCCUUGAAGAAUGACACGUCCAGCUUCCAUUCUUUGAUGACAGCUUCAUUCACAAAUACCUUUUGCUGAUGAUGAAUAAAGGACCCGCAACAACGUGUUCUUCUACUGAGAAAAUUUAGGAAACGAACACCAAAUUAAGGUUUGUUUCCCUAUAGUAUGCAAUAUGGCCAACACUGUAACUGAAAAUGAGAGUGAUUGGAUAAAGAAAGUGAAAGCAGAAGGAGCUGUUCCAUUUCUUGAACCAGAUAAUUGUCCAAAUGGUUGGUCUUCCCCUCCACCUAACAUUUUCAUGGUUCGAGGCCCACAAUACUUCUCAACCAAAGUUAAGAUCCCAGCCUCCGAUUAUCUUCUAAAACCACUAGGUUUCGACUGGAUUAAAGGUCCUAACAAAAUCUCAGAGGCAUUAUCCAAUCCAAAACAUCGCAUCAGAAAGGUUCUCAACGAACAAUUUCCCUCUGACAAUAAGCCACUCGUAUGGGCAUUUAAUUUACAAGUUCCGAGCAAAGAGAAUUACAGUGCCAUUGCAUAUUUCGUCUCCCCGGAUGUUCCUAACCCUGAUGGAUCUUUAUUAAUCGAACAGUUCUUAAAAGGCGACGACGUGUUCAGAAAUUCGCGGUUGAAAUUGAUUGCAAACAUUGUUAAAGGGCCGUGGAUAGUUAAAAGGGCAGUUGGGGAGCGAGGGAUAUGUGUCAUAGGGAGAGCUCUGGUUUGCAAGUAUUGUGUAACCAAUAACUUUUUACAAGUUGAUAUUGAUAUAGGUUCUUCUAUGGUUGCAAAAGCGAUAGUGCAUCUGGCUUUUGGUUAUAUAACGACCCUCACUGUUGAUCUAGCGUUUCUUAUUGAGAGCCAGACUGAUUCUGAGCUGCCAGAGCGAAUUUUAGGAGCUGUAAGAUUCUCAGAGUUGAAUCCUGCUUCAGCUAUGGUUGUUGAUCAAAGUGGUGUUGUUUUACAGUCUUCUUUGUCUAGACGGUUAUGGUGGUCUCUUGGACAAGGUUUCUCUAGCCUUCUCCAUCCUGUUGGUCCGCAAGAAAGCAGUUUGUUGUCGCCUGGUUCAUCACAAGUAAAUGGUGGUUCCAUCACUGAUGAUAAAAUAAAAACAGGAGAGUUGAGCCAAGUUCCUCGAGAUUGAUUGAUUGAUUACAAUACAGAAGCCGAUUUUUACAACUUCUGUCAUCUGACUUCUCUUGUUUUAUGUAAAUAGGCGACUUGAGCCAUGUUUCUUCAUUCGAAUCUUGGGAGAUAUCUCUCUUCAUAAAUUACUUAUUUCCGGUACUAUUGAUUUUUAAAGGUUUUAAUUCGUCUUC